AUGCAGGCUCCACCGCCUUUCCAAAGCUAUUCUGACAGAAGCUCAUACACGGAUUCGUGGUAUUCACGCGCAACCGUGUAUGCAACCGACUUCGAAGAGAUCACCUGGAAGCACAAACCUAUCACAGGUCCCGAAUUUUUUGAUCGCUCGCUCAUAUCCCGUCGAAUCGCUCUGUUCGGUAUCUUCGUCACUGUGGUGUUCGGCAUCGCCUGUAUCUUCGGCGGCACCAAAAUCUUUCUCUCUAACGAAACGAUCUCAGCAGGGGUCAUCGUCCUCUCGUUCCAACACGAGUGGCAGCGCGAGGCAAUCUCCCUAGGCCUUAAUCUGCUUGUGGCAGUAUGUACGGAAGCAACUGGAUUCGUCCAUAACAUUACACUUCGGGCUGCACUUGCGUCUGAAAGCCGAUUGAAGUUCAACACCAACUUGAGGCUGGUCACUGCCGCAAAAGGAGUGUUCAAUCCGAAUGGCACUGUAUGCAACAUUCUCAUGGCAUUCCUGCUCGUCAUAUCGUACAGUUCAAGCAUCCUAGCCACCCUCGCUGUCAAUAUGGAUACAUCCGACGAUGAAACAGGAAAUGCCGCCGUGCCAUCGACCGUGGCGAUCUGCGUGAGCGACGUACCAUUAAUUGUACUUGGGACGUCACUCCUACUGCAAGCGAUCAUCGCCAUCGCGGGCAUGUGCUCUGCAGAUGUCACGACAUGGAGCUCGUCCCCGUUCGAUAUCACAGCUGCGCUCGUACACCAUGCACAGGUCAUUCCUGUCCCAGGACGGUGUAUGCGUGGCGUUGAUGCUCGAAGAGAAAAUGGACCAGCUCAACCACGCAAAAAGCAGCCCUCAGCAUGGACUGCUCGCCCGAGCGUGCGCAAAGUCGUCGUCACGUUGUGGGUGCUCGUAAUCGCUUGUCUCGGAUGGGGACUCGUCGUGGUCCACUUGAUUGGAGGGAACAUGUCCGCUGCGAUUUCUACGUGGUCCUUUUUCCCAAAUUCACAGUCAUAUGUGAAGGCAUACAACAUCCCUCUCCAUACUGGACUCGCAUGGUUCUACUGGGUGCUCUAUUACCUGAACACGGCGCUUGUACAAGGUCCUUUGACGCUGGUGUUGCACUGUUCGGAACUCGUGACAAACGUGAUCAGGGACGAGAAUGCAUGGCGACAUGCAACUGGGAAGAAUGGUGCCAAGCUGUCGACGAAUCCGCUAGUUUUAGUAUUCGGGAGUCCGUUAAACUUAGCGUUGCUGUGUGCGAAGCCAGUGCUGCACUGGAUGAUGGGUCUAGCGAUCAGUUUAGCGGGUACCGCCGACUCAGAACUUCUGACGGCCGUUGCACUCUCUUUGUCUUUGCUUUUAUUUUUACAAUCGUCACGGUCGUCGGGCGAUCGGGGCCCCAGCCAAGCAGCGUACGGGCACAUACAGACGCUAGCGAAUCUGAUUGACGAAUGGUCACCUGUGAUGUGGUGGGGACACAAGUCUACCGGUAAUCCGUACUACCAUGCGGGUGAGUACAUAGCCAUUUAUUUCUCUAUAUCGAGUCGUUCUCUCGUAUCCGUUUGGGGAGCGCGAUGA